AAGGAAUUAAUUUUCGAAGCCUCUUACGAUAGUGGGGCAUCCACCUAACUCUCCGAUUUUAGCCCCGCGAUUUACUUUUCUUUAUCGAUAGGGCUUCAGUUUCCUGGUUCCGACCCGGCUAUGUGGGUCACGGAGUUGCAGGGAUCCAGAGGCGACAAGGAUUUCUCUUAUAUGCCCAGCCACUAAGAUCUAUCACUUACUCAUCUCUACCUACUCACUUGGCGACUUAAGAAACUUACAUCUUAUUGUUGAGAUUUAUUGGUGUUAUUCGGAUUAAGAUGAUAUAUAAGAUGGCUUGAUAUGAGAUGAGACGAAGAAAUAUCGCCAACAACCUCUCAUGGCUCUCUUACGGCGCCUUCUCACCACCCUCGCUAGGCCAUGUAUAAGACCUCAUAGAUCUAAUAUACACCCUGGCGUGUGCCGUUACCUCAGCCUAGAGACCGUCUCUCACCCUUCGAACCGGGUCCAAGUGUAUAUCUCACGGUCGACAGACCCGUACCUUAAUCUGUCCAUCGAGCAUUUCCUGCUCCAAAAGUCUCCCCUGGACUCCUUCGUACUGUUCCUGUAUACGAACCGGCCCUGCGUCGUCAUCGGCCGGAACCAAAAUCCCUGGGUCGAGGUGAACUUAGGCGCUCUCAAGCGAUCGAACGCGAUAAUCUCCGGUGAAGGUAGUACGCCUGGAAAAGGAGAUGAAAGUCCGAAAGAUGACGGCGUCCUCCUAGUCCGCCGGAGGUCCGGCGGCGGCACCGUCUUCCACGACCUCGGCAACGUGAACUACAGCGUGAUCUGCCCGUCGGCCCCCCUCGACCGGAAUAAGCACGCGGCCAUGGUCGUGCGAGCGCUAUCCACCCUCGCCGUCCCGGAAAACGACGUCUCGUUCCGCGUCAACGAGCGGCACGACAUCGUGCUCGACGUCUCCUCGUCUUCCGCAGCAGCACAGCAACAGCAACCCCAGACCCAAAAAACCUUCAAGGUCUCCGGCUCCGCGUACAAGCUGAUAUGCGAGCGCUUCCUCCACCACGGGACCUGUCUCCUGUCCUCGCCCAACUUAUCGCUCGUCGGCGCGCUGCUACGCUCCCCCGCCGCGCCGUACAUCAAGGCGCGCGGCGCCGAGAGCGUGCGCAGCGCCAUCCGCAACGUCGGCGUCGCGGACCUGGGGUCCUUCGAGGAGGCCGUCGUUGCUGAGUUCGGUGCCAUGUACGGGGCCGUGGAUCCCGAGAUCAUCGACGCGGCCGAUGUCCAGAAGAUCUUAGAGGAGGGGCCUUUUGUCGUGAAGGGGUAUGUUGAGCUUCAGUCACCGGAGUGGAUAUACACGCAAACCCCCCAAUUCACCUUCUCCUUGUACCCCACCUCCGAAGACCCGCGUCCACGCCCUGCUCUCCCGGCCACCAUGCCGCCCUCCCCCCUCGCCAUGACGGUACGCCACGGCCAGAUCGUCGACGUUUUCGGGUCCAGUCUACUCCAGCCUCUAAUCUCGACGUACCUCCACCAAGUCCCCGACUGGCGGCCCCGAAUCAACGAUGAGUACACCGGGACCUUGCUUAACUAUUUAUUUGGUGUAGGCCCUAUUGAGCACUUGACGCGCUUCAAGAGUUCUGAGUAGUUAAAGAUUUAAAGUGUGAAUAAAACCAUUUACUUAUCUACUUCUCAUGUCUACCUAACGUAUAAGGAGUAUCUCGAAAGACAAGAAAUAAAAAAAGCCAGGACUGAGUAGUGCUGUUACUCCUGUAUACUAUAUAUAGAUGCACAUAGACCUGUGGAAAACCGGCAUAUAGA